AUGACUAGAUCUGACGGCGUUAUCGGCAAGCCUUAUGAUCAAUUCCUCCUCUUUGGGGACUCGAUCACCCAAAUGUCCUGUAAUCAGGACCUGGGAUUUGGCUUUGAGCCAGCAUUGCAAGACGUAUACUGUCGCAAGUUGGACGUGCUCAACCGUGGAUUUUCGGGAUAUUCCACUGCCCAUGCUAUCAAAGUCUUUCCUCAAUUCUUCCCAUCACCUCAAAUUGCUACCGUACGGUUCAUAGCCAUUUUCUUCGGCGCCAAUGAUGCCGCGGUCCCUGGGCACAAUCAGCAUGUGCCUCUGGAGCAAUAUAAGCAGAACCUGACGGAUAUUGUCCAACAUCCAGCAAUGCUUGCUCAGAACCCCCACAUUAUUUUCAUUACUCCCCCGCCAGUCAAUGAGUAUCAACUGGAGGGCUUUGACAACUCUAAGAACACUGUUCACCCCAGUCGGACUGCUGCUCUUACAAAGACCUACGCUGAGGGGAUGAGGGAGCUAGGCGCAUCGCUGAAUAUCCCAGUCGUGGAUAUUUGGUCUGCAUUCAUGGCCUCGGUUGGCUGGGAGGACGGACGACCUCUCAUUGGAUCUCGAGACGCGCCUAACAAUGAGGCGUUCGGUAGUCUUUUCACCGAUGGUGCGUAUCACUUUAAGACGUCAAGUUCCCGCCUCACUAACCGAGAACUAGGGUUGCAUCUGACACCGGCUGGAUACCGUAUCGUCAAUACUGAACUGAUGAGCACAAUCCGCGCUAAUUGGCCGGAACAAGAUCCAGAAGUCCUGCCGAUGGUUUAUCCUCCGUGGCCUGAGGCUCCCAAAUAA